AUGCCGAAUUUGAAUCGAGGAGCCUACACUCCUCUCGGAAAUGAUGAAUUUUAUGGAGAGGAUGAUAUUAGUCUUGUUACAAAUCCAACGACAAGAGCUGUGAAUGAAGAAGAAAUUCAUAAUAAUAAUUUUGGGGGAAGCUCAACAAACACUUCGGAACGAAAAUUUGUUUCAUUUGCUGAGAAAGUGAGCAGAACGGAAACGAAAAAGUUAAUGAAAGGAAUACCAAGAGAUGCAUUUUCUCUUGCGAGGAUCAUGUUUUUAUUGAUGGGUUCUGGAGUUUUAGUUCCUGGAAUUUGUUACCAAUUGGCAGUAGAUUGGUUUAAUUUGAUAUUUCCAUCACGAGGUGAUUCCGAUUCUUUCAAUUUUAUAGACUUUUUAGAAUAUAUAUUGAGCUUGGGAUUCAAUAUUGGGCAGUUGGCAGCCAUAUUACUAUAUACUAUAUUUAUGUGGAGAAAAUCUGUACAUACCCUGAAGGCACAAACUUUUACUGUUGAACAAUUUAUUUUCAUGGGUUAUGCCCUAAACUUUGUCUGUGUAAUGGUGACUCUAUUUAUCAACAUGGUACUAGUCCUGCAAUAUGGAUUCAAUAAUAAGGAUGAUACCUAUGACAAGAUUUUCAUGCUAGUCUGUAUAGUUGUUUUGAAUUGUUUGGUUGGUGUGGGAAGUGGCGUACUAAGCUCAGCUGUCAUUUCUUUUGCUGCCAACUUUACUUGGAAAUAUACAGUCUUCUUUCUAGUUGGAUUGAGUUUGGGAAAUGCAGUCUUGUCAAUCUUUAGGCUGUUUUCGAGGCUCAUUUGGUAUGACACAGCACAAGGUUUAUUUAACAGUAUUAUUCUCUUUUUCUCUUUCAGUGCCAUCAUUCAGGUCAUUUGUAUCAUUGCUUUUAUUUAUUUACUGAGACUUCCCAUUACAAAGUAUUGUAAAGAACAUUACGUGAACAUGCAAACACCAACUCGAGACUUGGACGAGCAAAUUCGUAUCAGUCGAUUGGAGAAGGACAUGAUAAUGGAGCAGAAAAUGAAGGAAGAAGCGGACAAUGUUUCAUUCAAAUCUUCAGAAUCUAACGAACUUCCGACUGCCUCCACUGUUGGAGCAAUUAAUAAUGGUGGAGAAGGUGAAGAAACUGAGGACAAUACUCAAACAGAAUUAACAGAAAAACCUCAAGAAACAGAGGACUCAAAUAUUAAUGAAUUGAGCAUGACAUGGAUAUCACUGAUGAAGCGUCUUUGGUCUCCUGGACUUGGAAUUUUCGUUACAUUUUUAACCACCUUCUCUUUGGCUCCUGGUCUCAUUACAGAUAUCAAAUUUUAUCACGAUAGUAAGGUCUCUUGGAAUCCAAUUGUCACAUUAUCAAUUUUCAAUGUUUUCGAUUGUAUUGGACGAGCAUUACCAAACUGGAAGCGAACCAUUCUCUUGACACACAAACAAUUAUGGGUAUUGAUUCUAUUAAGAUUGGGUUUUAUUCCAACAGUGAUAUUUUGUGUGAAUCCUCUUCUCAUCACCCAACCCAUCUGGUAUGCUAUUAUUUUGGCUCUCUUUGGAUUGACGAAUGGCUAUUGUUGUUCGAUUGGUAUGGCAAGUGGGCCAUCCAUUGUUAAGGCUGUUCAACAAGAAAAGGCUGCCUACAUGAUGAGUUUCUUCCUUAAUUUUGGAUUAUUUGUUGGUUCUGCGGUGGGUAUUGGUGUGGGUUACUUGGUACACUUUGCUUUUUAA